AUGGAGCUCGAGUGCGACGACCGUGCAAAGCGGGGCACGUCGCGUGCUGAGCGCCUUGCCAUGCUUGAGUUCUUACGCAUUCCGCACAACUUUGCGUUGAUGACUGGCCAGGCCAGCAAAGGAAAGUCGGCGAAAGGUGGGCAGAGACUCACGAAAGCCCACGGCCAUGCCCUGAUGGCCGAAUACGUGAACAUGAUCGUUCGCGACAGCACACGAACGUGGACAACGCAGGACGCAAAGUCCAGAUACGAUGCGUACGUCUCAUCGUACAAGAAAGCACUUCGUUGGUGCGGUCCAAACAACAGCGGUCGAGGUCUUACUCAGAAGGACUACAAGCGAAUUGACGAGCCUGGUGAUUUUGAUGAGUCCUUUGUGUCCGAUUACAAGCCCAAUAGCAACACCGAGGCUGUUGACGACACCGAACCACGAAUGGAUAACGAUCCCGACGACCCCGACAAUGACGAGUAUUGGGCCGACAAUGACGCCCAUGACUCUGGCCACUAUGCAGCGCAAGCGACGGGUCCGUUGGCUGACAUCAACGUGCAUGCACCCGAUGCCCCCUGCUCUGCGCCAGGCAAACAGCCUUGGACUGGCAACCCGCACGACCACCAUACUCCGCCCGCGAGAAAGAUCACUGUCGCAAGCGGUCAACGACACGGCCACAAGGCUGACUCGUCGUAG